AUGCGAGUAAGUCCCUCUCUCACACAGCCUCACUCACAACCUCUGGCUAACCCCCUCCCGAAGUGCCCCGUCGCUCCCGACAGACCACAGGCGACGACGGUUGGAUCAACAUCCCCGCUAAACACAAACCCCCCAAAACCCUCCCGGAACACCAAAAACGAACCACCCUCUCCUACGCGCUCCAACGACAAUCCUCACCCCUCGCCCCAGAACACAUAGCCCCCCACCUGAACCUGCACACCCAAACUCUCCUAAAAUCCACACUAUGGACGCAAAUCCGCAACGUGCUGGUUCCGCUGGCGCGGGGGUUGAAUAGACUAGUUGUUUUUGGCCUGGGCAGUUUUUCGGGACCCACCGCUUCAUCAACGUAUUACCAGUUUGUGCUCGUGCGGGAGAUAGCGGAAUUGUUGGGGAUUGGGAAGGGGGAGGUGUACUUUCAAGACCCAGUUUUUACGAAGUGUGACAAGGGGUUUUUGGAGGAUAUUGGAAGCGUGGUUGAAGUUGGGAGGGGGGAGAAUGCGGUGCAGGAGGAGACAGUGGUUGUGGCAGUUCAUUUGGAGUAUGAGGUUCUUGAGGGGGUGGUUAAGGGAAGGCCGGGGGUGGUGGUGUGUAACGAUCUGGGGCACUUUUUAGAUAUGUGAGCGACUGACCUUCCUUCCUCGGUUUUUCGCCAGCUCCUCCCAAGGGAGGUGGGUGCUAAUGUGCGGGCUGACAGGAGGAUCGGUGGGGAAGUGGAGUGGGUGAGGGGUUUUUUAGAGGGUGUUGAGGGAGAGGUUCUGAAGUGGGAUAUCGACGGCGGGGGGGCAUUUAAUCAUUCGGCGGUUUACAGGAGAAAGGUUGCGAAAAAUCACGGGAGCACCGGGGGUGAUAAAGUUGAUGGUGAGAAUGCGGUUGAAGAUGCAGUUGAGAAUAUUAGGGCUCUUGAUAUAUAA